UAAAUAAGAGAAAAGAUAAUCACCGCCAAACGACUAACGAAGCUCACAUAAAUCAACGCUCUUUGAACGAGAGCGGGGUGGGCUGUUAUUUUCAGAAUCCAUCGAGAGAUAGUGAGAAAUAUCUUGCAUCUGUCCUGCUUAUCGUAUCAAGGAAAAUAAUCUUUGAGUAUAUCGAAAUUGACGUGGGAAAAUUGGUGAAACUGAAGGGAGGAUCAACGAUCGGCGGUGUUUACGGGAUAUACAGUGAAUCGGCGGUUGUGUCGCGGUGAAUGGCUUAAUAUGCUGAAUGAGGAAAGUUCGCGACACCUUCGUGAAAAAUCAAAAUACAGGGAUGAUAUCGUGAUACGGCGUAAAUGGAGAACAACCUCUCAGUAUACGGCGGCCCCGGCACGUGGGGCGCUGACAGUACCAGUCCUCAACCCACCGAGGGACAGACCACCGUUGUCGGACCACCCCCAACGCAGACGAGCGGGAAUGCCGGGAACAACGCUCUGGACGAUCGUAGAGCCCAAGCAAACUCUAUACGAGCCCAAAUCGAGAUUAUCCCGUGCAAAGUGUGCGGCGACAAAAGCAGCGGGGUUCACUAUGGUGUGAUCACGUGCGAGGGAUGCAAGGGUUUCUUCCGGAGGUCGCAGUCGUCGGUGGUGAACUAUCAGUGCCCGAGGAACAAAAACUGUGUCGUCGAUCGCGUCAACCGAAACCGAUGCCAGUAUUGUCGAUUGCAGAAAUGCCUUCGGCUAGGCAUGUCGAGAGACGCCGUGAAAUUCGGACGCAUGUCGAAGAAACAAAGAGAGCGGGUUGAGGAGGAGGUUGAGUAUCACAGGCAACAGUUGAGGUUAGCCGAAACGGCACCCGACAGCAGCGGCUUUGAACCCCAGACGCCGAGCAGUUCGGAUCAGCCUUCCUACAAUGGCGGCUAUCCAUACGGCGGCAGCGAGUACACGUCUCCAGUUUCGGGAACCGGAGGACCAGGGUAUUAUGGCCAUCCGGCUAUGACCAGCUAUAACGAGAACAACGACUAUGCCGAUAGCACGACGCCUUACGACCAUCGGCCGACGCAGACGCAAGUCGACCACGUUACCCCAGACACGCCGUCCGUAACAGCGACUGGAGGAGUCCUGUCGAGCGGCAUCCCCACCGGUAAGUCGCUGUCAUCGACGUCUACCGGAAGUAGCACUGGUGGUGGAAGUGGCGGAGGAGGAGGAGGUAACGGUGGUAGUGGUGGUGGUGGUGGUGGUGGUGGUGGUGGUGGUGGUGGUGGUGGUGGUGUUGGGGGUGCGAAUGGUGGCUCCUUAAGUGGAGGCGGUAUAGUUGCCGUGAAACAAGAAAGCUCGGUUGAACUGGCUGGCCUUGGUCACGGUUCCUACACGAUGGUGGACUCCACGACCUUUCUGAGCAGCCAGCAACAGCAGAGGCCAAGUAAUCCACCGGAAGAGGACGAAGUACCAAGUCUGCCCAGUAUGUCCCAUACGAGAUAUCCCGCGCAAAUCAGCGAACUCCUUUCAAAGACAAUAGCAGACGCCCACGCGCGGACGUGCCUCUUUACGACGGAGCAGAUCCAGGAGUCGUUCCGCAAGCCGCACGACCUCCCAAAGCUGAUAUAUUAUAAGAACAUGGCGGACGAAGAGGUUUGGCUUGAGUGCGCGCAAAAACUGACUACCGUCAUUCAGCAUAUUAUUGAAUUUGCCAAAAUGGUACCAGGAUUCAUGAAGCUGUCACAGGACGAUCAAAUUGUCCUACUUAAAGCAGGUUCCUUCGAGUUGGCGGUACUUCGAAUGAGCAGGUAUCUUGAUCUCCAACAGAACUGCGUCCUCUACGGUGGGACAAUGCUUCCUCAGGAUGCUUUCUACACGUCGGACUCGGCCGAAAUAAGCCUAGUCUCCUGCGUCUUUGAGCUCGCAAGAAGUGUCGCCGAAUUGAAACUGACGGAAACCGAGCUCGCGCUCUACAGCGCCGCGGUUCUCCUCAGCCCUGAUCGACCAGGACUAAAGGGCCUCCAGGAGAUCACGCGGCUCUCCCAGGCGGUGGAGAGAGCGCUGAGGGCGGAGGUCGACCGCAACCACGUGUCGCCGAUAAAGGGCGACGUAACGGUCUGCGACGCGAUGCUGGCGAAGAUUCCGCAACUCCGUGAUAUAUCCGGACUGCAUAUGGACGCCCUCGCCAAGUUCAAACGCUCCCAGCCGCUCCUCGAAUUUCCGGCUCUUCACAAGGAGCUUUUCAGCGUCGACAGCUGAACGACCGGCGCAACGCGAGGCUUUCCGACGACGGUCCGCGUCGCGAAAAGUGCCUGAAUUGGAGGCCUUGCCGUGUCGAGAUUAUUUCCUUCGUAUUGAACGUAUUGGGCCUUAAAUAAAAAUAAAAAAAUAAAAUAAUAAUAAUAAU